GGUGCUGAGUGGCCAUGGCUAGUACGCACCGUCCUCUUCUGGGUACGCGCGCUCCUCCUCCUCUUUCUCCUCCUCCUUCUCCUCCUCCUCCGCGCGAGACAGCUUGCGCGCAGAGGACUCGACACAUUCGAGGCCUCAUGAGCGCAGUGAUCGUUCUUUUGUUGCAGUAUGGCUGGGACCCAAUUUCUCCUCCGCACUGGCACCUUCCCAGCGACGAGAGUGGCAGCGAGGACAUUGAGUGGACCUUCCAGAUCAGGACCUUCUUGGCGCUGAAGACAUCUCUGAGCUCCUUGACGAUUUCACGGGGUCCGUACAACGGCAUCUCUGGCGUCAGGCUGCGGCGCAUUACUGUGGUGAAGGAGCAUCAGAUGGCAUUGACAAUUAUUCUUACAGAAUUUUCAUUCAGUCGCUUGCAGACGCUCCUAAUGGACAUGUCGUCAAGGAGCUUAUGCUGGCGAUCGCUGUCGGAGGCACAUGGCCUCGUGAACGGCUCAUGGCAGAAGUUCAGGAAGGAGAGGACCACCUGCGAAUGUGCCCGCGAUGCUACGCGGACGGAGUCAUGCAUGUGGAGACGCUCUUUCAGCGAUGUUGGACGCGUCCGCACAACAAGGACAAGCGUGCCUGUCAGCAAUCAGAUUGCCGUCUUCCAGAAGCGAUGGUUCAGCACGAGCAAUGUCCCGUCUUCUGGCUUCGAGGGCUUCUACCCCAUGCAUGGACAGCGACCCCGCCACCAGUCGAAGACGCACGGUGGGAGCUCGACGACAACACUGUGUUUGGUGUCGGAGCCCUAGGCGGGGGCACGCAAGGCGAGCCAAUUCUCAUCUGCGGCGACGCCAGCGGAGGA